CAAAAAUCUCCCAGAAAAAAACUAACUUUAUCACUAUUUACAACACUCAUCUGCACUUCGGCUUUCAUUGCCCUAUUCUAUACUGAGACUAGAAUUAGUCUUCUUUCUUCCAACCACAUUUUCAAGCCCUGCCCGAAGCGUGACAAGCAUAAGAAGAUUAUAGCAGGUAAAAAAAGUGGAUAAAAUUUGACCAUGUGAAGUUUUUUAUGAGAUGGAGCGAGUAUAAUCUUAGUGCCGUUAAUGGUUGGUUUUGCUGGCUCAUAGACGAUGAAGGAUUGGAACGCCGUCGAAUUACAGAUGCAACAGAUGAUAGGUUCGUGUUUGGUUCAGAGGAAUGCACUCUAACUGCUGGGAAAUGGGUGUUUGAUACUUCAAUUAAGCCUUUAUACACGGAGAUUACAUGUCCAUACAUUGACAGACAAUUUUCUUGCGUUAAGAAUGGCAGAAAAGAUUCAGAUUAUCUUCACUGGGUAUGGCAGCCUGAUGACUGCAUCUUGCCACGUUUUGAUCCCGAAAAUGCCCUGAGGAAAAUCCAAGGGAAGAGGAUGAUGUUCAUUGGGGAUUCAUUACAAAGAAACCAGUGGGAGUCUUUUGUGUGUUUGGUUAAUUCUGUUAUUCCAGAAAACCAGAAGUCCAUGAAGCGAGGUCGGGUUCAUUCCGUCUUCCGAAUUAUGGAAUACAAUGCUACAAUUGAAUUCUAUUGGGCGCCGUUCUUGGUGGAGUCUAACACGGAUAUCCAUAUAAUCACGGAUCCAAGUAAGAGAAUCAUCAAGGUGGACUCAAUCUCUACCCGUGGAAAACAAUGGGUAGGAGUAGACAUUCUAGUCUUCAACACUUACGUCUGGUGGAUGAGUGGCCUCAAGGCCAACACUCUAUGGGGAUCAUUUAAAAACGGCAAAGAUGGCUAUGAAGCAUUUGAUACAGAUGUGUCAUAUAGACUUGCAUUGCGUACAUGGGCAAACUGGAUAGAUUCAAACAUCGAUCCCAACAAAACACGGGUGUUCUUCACCACAAUGUCUCCCGUGCACAUGAGGAGCGCGGAUUGGGGGAGGGAAGAUGGGAUAAAGUGCUUCAACGAAACAAGGCCGGUGAUGAAGAAGGGGCACUGGGGAACAGGGUCAAGCCGGGAGCUGAUGAGAGUGGUGAACAGUGUAACGAAGAGGAUGAAAGUGCCGGUUACGUUCAUCAACAUCACACAACUAUCGGAGUACAGAAUCGACGGUCACCCUUCGAUCUACAAUGAGCUUCAAGGGAAGCUAUUGAGUGAUGAGCAGAAGGCAGAUCCUUUGCACUUUGCAGAUUGCAUACAUUGGUGCUUGCCUGGUGUCCCAGAUACAUGGAACCAGAUUCUCUACACUUAUUUGUAGCAACAGCAGAAGCACAAUAUUUAUGUACGUAGUACAUUUUUUACGGAGGAGUAUUCCAUUUACUUUUUUCUACCAAAUUUAUUAAUAAAUAUUCCUUCUGUUU